CAAGAGAACAAUCGUGGGGUUGCAUCUUUUUUUGUUCUUCUUCUUUCUCCCUGUGCUUAGAGAGAGAGAGAGAGAGGGUGUAGAGAGAGGAUGGGGAGAGGGAGGGUGGAGCUGAAGAGGAUCGAGAACAAGAUCAACAGGCAAGUGACGUUCGCGAAGAGGAGGAAUGGGCUCCUCAAGAAAGCCUACGAGCUCUCCGUGCUUUGCGACGCCGAGGUUGCUCUCAUCGUCUUCUCCCAUAGGGGAAAGCUGUACGAGUUUUGCAGUAGCUCAAGCAGCAUGCUCAAAACCUUGGAGAGGUAUCAGAAAUGCAACUACGGAGCACCAGAACCUAGUAUCUCUACCCGUGAAGCACAACUGGAGUUAAGCAGUCAGCAGGAAUAUCUGAAACUUAAAGCACGCUAUGAAGCCCUACAGCGAACCCAAAGGAAUCUUCUUGGGGAAGAAUUAGGCCCUCUGAGCAGCAAAGAAUUGGAGUCUCUGGAGAGGCAGCUUGAUUCAUCCUUGAAGCAGAUUCGUUCCACCCGGACACAGUAUAUGCUGGACCAGCUCACUGAUCUUCAACGCAAGCUAAUGGAAGGGUACCAAGCAACUGCACUGCAAAUGAACCCGGGCGCUGCGGAGGAAAUGGUUUAUGGCGGUCGGCACUUGGCUCCACCACAUCAUGGGCAUGGUGAUGUCUUCUUUCAUCCCUUAGACUGUGAACCCACCUUGCAAAUUGGAUACCCACAAGAUCCUUCUGCAUCCGUAGUCACAGCAGGUCCAAGCUCAAGUAGUUACAUGCCAGGAUGGUUGCCAUGAGGGGAGAAGCUCAUUUUGCUUAUAUAUAAUCGUCCUCGAUUUGUUUUCUAUGACAGUUCGAUGAAAAAGAUCAUGUGACGAUAAAGUUAUGCAAAUUAUGAUUGCGAGUUUGGGAAUACUCGGAAAUAAUUAAUCCAUAGUGUGAUUCUGUGUGUGUUCACG